AUGGCGCCCCAGCGGCCCAUCCUCACGUGCGUGCUGGCGGCCGCGGUGGUGGCCCUGUGCCGCAGGGGCGCCGGCUUCGUGGGCUCGCCCACGCCCGCCUGCCGGCGCGGCGAGCGCGUGGCCGCGCGCGUGAGCGCGGAGUACCUGGAGCGCUGCGGGCCGAAGGACGCGGAUGUGGCGUUCGACGCCUCGGCCGCCAUUGGUCCGGGCCCCACCGUCACCUACAAGAAGCGCCCCUUCGGCAUCCUGCGCUACCAGCCGGGCAACGGCAUGAAGGGCGCGAUGGCCAUGGAGGUGAUGCAGGUGUCCCGGUACCCUGGGGAACCUCAGGGCCAGGCGUUCUCCGCCGGCGUGUCGGGCGGCAUGGUGGUGAAGUCCAUCGUCGGCGCGGAGGUGUUGACGGAGGACUUCGGCAAGAUCAUGGACCGGCCCGACGACGAGGUGGCCGACCCGCGCUUCUCGAAGUCCACCGCGCUCGCCCUGGUGGUCUACGCGACCGUGCCGGGCUACGUGCACGCGGGCGCCGAGAUGAAGGCGGACGGCCAGGAGCACGAGCUCCGGGCGCACGCCUACGUCGACUGGCCCGCCGCUGCUCCUGGCCGGCACCGCGGCUACCGCUGCCGCGACCAGCGACGCCAGCACUUCCACGACGACUGCCACGACCGCGGCUACGACGGCGACGUCCCAUCCCACGACCAGGCCCUCCCCCACUUCCACGCAAACUACCACACACUCCACUGCGGCUACGACCAGGGCCACGACCGCUGCCACGACCAUGACAACGACCAGCGACGCCUGCACUGCCACGUCGACUACCACGUCCGCGGCUACGACGCUUACGACCCCUCCCGCGACCAUGAGUACUCCCACUGCCACGCCAACUACCACGACCUCGACCACAACCACGACCCGGGCCACGACCACUACCGCGACCAUGACCACGACCAGCGACGCCUGCACUACCACGCCGGCUACCACAACCGCGGCUACGACGCUCAUGAUCCAUCCCUCGACCAUGUCUACUCCCACUGCCACGCUAACUACCACGACCUCCACUACGACCGCGACCAGGGCCACGGCCGCGAGCAUUCCUACGGCGACGAGGGAGACUUUGACGCCAGUUCCGAGGGCGACCCCAGAGCCAGCUCGAGGGGCGACACCAGCGCCUACGCCGGCAUGAACGCCAGCGCCGACACCAGCACCAGCGCCAGCAUCGACGCCAGCGCCAACGCCCGCGCCUACGCCGACACCAACGCCAGAGCCUACGCCACCGUCGACGACACCACCGACGACAACGCCAACGCCCGCGCCUACGCCGGCAUGAACGCCAGCGGCAGCGCCAGCAUCGACGCCAGCGCCAACGCUCGCGCCUACGCUGGCACCAACGCCAGAGCCUACGCCACCGUCGAGAACAGCACCGACGACUGCACCAACGCCGGCGCCUACGCGGGCAUGAAUGCCAGCGCCUACACCAGCACCAGCGCCAGCAUCGACGCCAGCGCCAACGCCCGCGCCUACGCCGACACCAACGUUCGGUACGGCGUGCCAGCGCGUCCUCUCAAGUUCGAGAGCUACAUCUUUCAAGUAGCAGUGGCAUUCAGGGUCUUCCAAGGCGUCCG